GUAGAGUAAUCAUUGACUUUGUUUAGAAAAUCCACCUCUUCCAACGCCGGACAUAUAGCUUUCAGUCUUCUAUUCGCCUAUUCAGCUUCGAAUGGGUUUUCCUUGGAGGGCAGUCCAAGCGUCGCGGCAAGCCUGGUGAUCUAGUACGAAGGAGAUCCGUGUUCGCAAGAGAAAAGAUGCACGUUCGAUGGAACGACAUCGACGAGCGAAACUCCGCGAGCAAAUCGAGAAAACGGACAAUCAAGUUCGAAGGGAAAUCCGAGGAAAAAUCGAAUAGAAGAAGAGACGAACUCGCUGCGCAAAAGAAUCUCUGCCACGCGAUCUUUCCAAUCUAUUACCUUGGCAAAGUGUGCGGCUUGAUCCCAGUUAAAUUCGUUGUACAGGCUGAUGGCAAAUAUCAGACACAUCUAACCGUGCUCAAUCUCAUAUACAGCUUGUGCGUGUUAGUGUUGCUCCUCGGUUCUGAAAUUUGGGGUCUGUGGCGAGAUUUGAAAGACGGAUGGAAGCACAGCACUAGGCUCAAGUCUCGAACAGCGGUGAUAGCCACAUGCAGCGACGUUCUUGGUGUGAUGAGCUUGACGGUGGUCUGCAUCGGCGGCUCGUUUUUUCGAUGGAAAUACUUGCAAGUCGUAGCGAACAAAUUAAUUGAGGUGGACGAGAAAUUCGGUGUGCACUCCAUGAAAAAUUCUCGGAUGUUCACCAUUUGUAUAACGGUGUGCAGCCUCGCUUACCUAUGGCUCAACUCCGGCCUUGAUUUCUACGCAUGGACGCGCAAGACGAAUCUCACCAAGACGAUGGACGACAAAGGUCCUAUUAACUAUGCACCCUUGUAUUUCAUGUACACCGUUAUCAUUUCGACGGAACUUCAGUACACCGUCGCCACGUAUAACGUGAGCCAGAGGUUCGUCAAAUUGAACAACAGUCUCAAGAGCCUAUUAAAUGGCAGCAAUCCGUCACCCAGCGAUUGCUUGAAGGGGAGUCCCGCUAAAACAGUGAUGACAGGUGAUCUUCGCGAAAAAGGAUUGAACCACGAUAUCGUGCCGUGUAGGCAAUUCGAAUUAAGCGCUCAACACAUUUUGUGGAACCCAAAGGGUACGACACAACGAAUUCAUUCAAACGAAAAUGAAAAUUCCAGUCGAUUUUACAAAGUUCGUGUGUCCUCUACUUUCACAGGGAGUGAAACGCACGCCAAUAGCAUACACGAGUUGAUAAUGACGCAUUCGUCGCUCUGCGACACCGUCUCUCUUAUAAACAACACGUUCGGCAUCGUGAUAUUGGCAGUCACCACGUCUUGCCUAUUACACCUGGUCAUCACACCUUAUUUUCUGAUCCUGCAAGCAGGCGAAGGACAUGAAUGGAUAUUUCUAGCGGUGCAGGGCAUGUGGUGUAUCUUCCACGUAACUAGGAUGCUGAUAAUCGUACAACCGAGCUAUUCGACCGUUGCGGAGGGAAAGAGAACCGCGGUUCUCGUCAGUCAACUGUUGUCCUCUAGUUACGAAGCGAAUGCACGGCACCAAUUGGAAAUAUUUUCUCUUCAGUUACUGCAUCGGCCUCUUGAAUUUUCAGUAUGCGGACUCUUCUCCUUGGACAGAACAUUAAUAACGUCGAUCGCCGGAGCGGUGACAACGUACCUUGUUAUACUGAUACAAUUCCAAAAUGCGGACGAGACGAAAGGAACCGCGGACAUCAUAAAGAACGCGACGCAAAUUCUGGAAAGCGCUCAUCGCUUCAGAACUUAACCGGGCUAAAGAUCGUUCACUGAAGUUCGGAGGAGCAAAAGAAACAAAAUAGACACAGGAGAAAAAGGAGUAGAACGAGAACCAGAGGCAGACACGCGGAGACAAGAAACACACUCGUGUAUGAUAAUGACGUAUUUAAUGUUCCAAUUCUCAUAAACAGCGGCAAUAUACAAAUACAGUUUACUCAUUUCGUAAUCCAACUAUUCAUCGUCAACAAAUCAUUUCAUCGACGAUUGUUCGAUCGACGAUUAACCGAGAGCGCGCUUCGUAUGGAUGUCUAAAACUAGACGUCAGUCACAGCCUAUCCGAAAUGUUACUCUGCCUCGUCUCGCUGUCUCUCGUACGGAUAACACGUCCAAAAAAAGAACGGAGAAACCCGAAU